AUGACAUACUGGAGCACUCUACUCAAACUAAGGAUACCUGUCAAGGAGGACCCUCGUUUACUGCCUGCAUGGCGAAAACGAUUACUGCUUGGCCUUGUUUGCUUCAUUGCUAUUAUUCCUGGAUUCUGCUCUACAAUUUAUCUCCCAGCAUUGGAAGAAAUUACAGUGGAAUUAGAUAGUCCUACCAUCAUGGUGACUUUGAGUAACUCACUGUACAUGCUGUUUAUGGGCAUUGCUCCCAUCUUUUAUAGUAGCAUCAGCGAUCAUUGGAAGAUUCGCAGAUCAGUGUAUUUCUUCUCCAUCAUCAUAUACACUGUGGGAUCUUUGGCUGCAGUGUUUGCCAACGAUAUCAAUGUGCUGUUGGGCAUGAGAAUUCUUCAAGCUGUAGGCAUUUCGUCUGCUUGGGCCAUCGGUGCAGGAUCUGUAGCUGAUAUUUACGAUGUUCAUGAGCGGGGAAAUGCACUGGGCAUAUACUUUACAGGUCAGUUCGCAGGCCCUCUAUUUGGACCAAUAUUUGGUGGUUAUCUCGUUGAACGAUGGGGAUGGCGAUCCGUCUUUUGGCUGCUAUUUGUGUUUGGAUGCAUCUUGCUUGCAUUGGUUGUUUUUACCAUGGAAGAAACCUAUCGUGAGGAGAGCAUCUGGGGCAAGGAGAGCAAGGCUGUUCUUGAUAGCAAGAAUGAGGACGUCGACAACGAAAAGCAGCCUCCUCUUGUAGCUGAAAAUGAGCAGCAGCAAGCAGACAUCUCAGAGCAAAAUACAAUGGCAGAGGCCAAGAUGAUGAACCCAUUUGCCUCGCUUGCAUUGCUCCGCCAUCCCUUUGUGUUGGUAUUCUCCAUGGCGACUGGGUUUGCAUUUGGCGGUAUGUUUGCUAUUGAAAACAUGCUUCCAGAGCUCUAUACAUCUGUCUAUGGCUUAAGCAGUGGCAUCAUCGGUUUGACAUUCAUCUCGCCUGGUCUAGGUGAAGUGUUUGGCUCCCUGUUUUCUGGCAAAUUAUCAGAUUACUUUUUAAAUCGAGCUAAAGUAAAACGUGGAGGUGAUGCUAUCCCGGAGGACCGUCUUGCACCCAAUGUCUGGCCAGCAGCUUUCAUCCUGAAUCCAAUGUCGUUCUUUUUAUGGGGUUGGCCUGUUCAAUUGGGAUGGAGUGUCUGGGUGUCCAUCAUCAUGUUUGGUGUGCAGUGUUUUGCCAUGGUGCAAGUGUUCAAUCCAGCCAUGUCCUAUCUCGUAGACGCCGUGUCAGAUAGAGGGGCCAGUGUCACAGCAGCAGCCAACCUUGUGCGUAUGAUCUGGUCCUGUGUACUUAGUCUGAUUGCAAAUCCAAUGACACGGGCAGUUGGACCAGGUUGGGUUACUUUCUUUUUUGGUAUGCUCAACUUUUGUUGGGCAUUUUUGCUACUACUGAUGAAAAUCAAGGGCCCACAGAUUCGUGCCUGGUCUGGAUACUAG